AUGCUGAUUUCGUGGCCUGGCCUCGUAAGCUGAUUUUUAGGGGUUAAAUGUAAAUAAGUGCGUAAAAACUUCGGAUACCGUUGCUCCAACAUGAAUUCAUUUAAAAAAUCCACGUAAAUUAUCUUCAAUGUAGGUUGUGCGUAUCCAUUAAUUCACAUCAAGCAUUGAUUCGUCGUUUUGGAUCCCCUCUAUGCCCUAUCAACUUUGCUGGAAGGGUCUCAAUUCAAAUGUAUGCAUUUCCUUCAUUCUGUCAGCCAGCAUUAUUCUGCUCUCUUCCAGUUAUUUUGACAAUGAUCAAGUGAAGUUAAAUUUUUCGAUUGAUGAAUGGCUAAUCCACGCUGGGCAGAAACAUCGGUGCCAAAAUGCUUACCGGACAAGGUUGCCCAAUUGUACUAUGCUCAUGGACUGUUCCUGUCAAGUCACCCAGCACUGAUAAUUUCUGUCGCUCUUUUCAUCAUUCUAAUUUGUUGUUACCCUCUGCUGAAUCUUCCAUUGCCAGGCAAUGUGCCACAGCAUUACAUCGAGCCAUUAUCCCCGGACUUAGCUCCAUCGGAGCAACCUCGAUGGCUCUCUGGUCUUCCUCAUUGUUAUGUUCAACAGAUAAUCAUUCGGAGCGCUGUUGCACCAUGGACGAACGACCUCAUGUUGAUGGAUGCUUUCAGACCACCUCUUGCAGAGGCAUUCAAGCUUCUUGAAAUUGUUGAAAACUACCAGCAUGAAAACAGCUCCCUGUCAAUGGCAAAAGUCUGUCUUCAUGUCGAAACAGUCAAAAAGAAAGCAAGGAAAAUGCUGUCUAUUCUUCCAGAGUAUAAUUGUUUGAUUCUGUCUCCAGCUAACUUAUGGCAAAGGAAUAUAAACGCAUUUCAAGAAGAUUCUAACCUAGUUGGAACUAUUUUCAGCAAUCAGAAUUUUGGGAAAGGGAAGCUGAGUGUUUCUGAAAUGAUUUUUGGUAUGAGCCUUAAAGAUGCAGGAAUCAAACGCUACCCAGUGAGGACCAAGCAGAGAGUCGUUCAGUUUGCUGUGACAGUUUUUCUGAAAAAGCAUCAUCAAGGGUACUUGCGAGGUUUGCAAACUCAUCUGCACAAUUUAUAUCCCCUGCACAAAGAUUUCAAUUCGGGUGAUGAGAACACGACAACGAAUUUCAAACUGCACAUAUACUAUCCUGGAGAAUUCCAUUUCAAGGAGCUGAUACCUCUGUCGAUAACAUAUCUCCUCCUGUUUUUUUACAUGUAUUUCUCAGUUCGGAAAAUUGAGCUCGUUCGAUCAAAAAUUGGAAUGGCUUUCAGUGCUGUAAUAACUGUUUUAGCUUCAUUGUCCAUGUCUGUUGGAAUUUGUUUUUUCUUUGGACUGGAACUCGCAGGAAGUGGGCGAGGGCGGGAGGUUUUUCCCUACCUGGUUAUUGUUGUCGGGCUAGAAAAUGUGCUUGUCCUUACAAAAUCGGUCGUGUCAACGGCCCCUCAUCUUGAUGGGAAAAUCAGAGUGGCUCAAGGAUUGAGUAAAGAAGGAUGGUCCAUCACCAAAAAUUUGUUAACUGAAGUAACAAUAUUAACUGCUGGUCUUCUCACAUUUGUGCCCGCUAUUCAGGAAUUUUGUAUUUUUGCUAUGGUUGGUCUCCUAUCGGAUUUCUUUCUCCAAAUGAUGUUUUUUGCGACACUGCUGUCAAUCGAUAUCCGAAGCACUGAACAUUCAGCCAGUUCUCCUCCAACUUUGUACUACUCUUCCGCCUCAGUGACAAAACGUUCAUCUCGAAUGCGGACCAAUGAGCACUUGGAAGGAACACCUCAUUCCAAAUCUCAUCCUCGUCUAAAUGGACUUAACGUUAUCGCGCCAAACCACCAGUCUCCCGCAACUCCUGCAAAAAUCCCUAAACGACUGCGUCUUGUUCAUUUCUGGGCUAAAACCCGUAUUGUUCAGCGAGCGUUCAUGGUCUGCAUGGUUGCUUGGAUUGGUGGGAUUGUGUACAGUGCAGGUAUAAUCCAGCAAAUGGUUCAAGUAAACGACGAUGAUGUAGCGCAUGUUGAGCCAAAUCAAAACCCGCGUCAUCAUUUUCCCCUGGCCUGGGAAGGUGGGCGCCGGGCUGCUAUACUUGAAAUGGAAGCCAAGCUCAUGAAAGCAGAAACUGAAGCAAAGAAGUAUUUAUCAGAUAUGAAGAAUGAGCAUUCGCCAACAACAGAUGAUCUUGCUCGUUUGAAGCCUGUGGAGUUUGAACCUUGGAGAAAAUUAUCCCAUCAUCAUUGGUCAACCAUUUUAUCCCUUUACAACAACUCUGUCUCUGGUUCUUAUGUAACUGUUCUUCCUCCGAUUUACUUGGCUCAUCCAAUUUCUCCCGAUCGGGCUAAAGCUAUGCGCAACCCUCAUGAGAAAGUUGUAGAAUUCCAGUGGCAAUCAUUGGCUGUGGCGUUGGAUCCAUUGGAUUUUUCUGACUCAAAUAUCAAUAUGAAACUGGGUUCCAAAAGCAGGCACGGAUCUUUGUUGUCAACAGAUGCACCCUUCAUUCCUAGUUCUCCGAUGGAACUGCUUCUAACCUCUCUCCUUUGUGGAAUCAGCGUACUUGUUUUAGCCUACACAACGACAGUUCUUUACCGAUGUGUUUGCUCAAGAAAUUAUGCAGAAUGGAGAUCUGGCUGGCUUAGGGACAAUGACACAGGCGCAGAACAUGGACUUCAGGUUGUUUUAGAAGCAGUUCCAAUAGCUCUGGUAGGGCAUUCGCAAGAAAUAGAAUGUAUGGCCACUGAUGGUAGUCUUAUUGUAAGCUCUUGUCUUGCUGGCCAAAUCAGAGUUUGGGAUGCCUACACUGGAGAAUCAGUGUCCACAAUUGACAGAAGGCAGUAUGCAGCUGAAAACUGCAGGGCAGAUGAAAUUAUGAUAGAGCCUGAUAAUGAAAGUAAUGUUUGUUCGGACCAUGAGUCAGCUUCUCCUAUUUCAAAUGGUGAUCCAAACUACCACUCACCAAAUAAAUCCUUCAAUCAAAGGUCACUAAACCAAAGUUUGAAUAACUCUGGAGACGAGCUUUACUACCAAUUAAAAGAACUGAUAGAGUCGGACAAUGAGGUGCCGUCUAACAAAGGGUACCCACUAAGAUCGUUUCCUGAUCUAAACCACGCCAUAAAGACCAACUUUUCAGAGCUAGAAAGGCGGACUGAGUCGAAAAAUGUUGACUACAAAUCACAUGGCUUUAAUUACGGGGAUACCAUCAAGAUUGCAUACUCUAACUUCAAUAAAUCCAUUUUCAAUGACAGUUGUAAUCUAGAUGGAGAGUUUUGUGGAGGUAAUGCAUAUGGAGUGAAUAAUGUAAUUCAUCCACCUCAUACAUUUGACCAAAGAAAAGUCAGUAGAAACAUCGGAAAUUCUUUCGAUUUGCAUCAAUCAGGUCGCACCUGUGUACCAUCGAAUGAAAAUACUUCGUCACCUGUUAAUCAGCCAUUUUCAAGAUUUUCCAGCAAUGUCCCCACAAUAUGGUGCAUCGAUUGCAAAGAAAGUCUCAUUGCUAUUGGAUGUUCCAAUGGAAGGUUAGAAUUUUGGGAAGCGACGUCUGGAAAAUUCAAGUGUCUGUUUGAAGAUGGCAAUAGUAAUAUUGGCAUAACAGUUGUCAAGCUCAUCGGCAAUUAUGUCGUCGCUGCUAAACUCAGCGGUUUUGUAGAUUUUUAUAGGUUAGACAUCUCAUCUUCAAAUACAUACAAACAUGUAAAUAGUGUUAAUAAUGAAAGCAGUAGUAAUAAUGUAAAUACUAGUUUAAACAAUAGUAUAAGUAAUAAUCAAAGACGAAUGCAUGUGCGCACAUCCAGUUUUGGGUCGAUGUGCGAUGGAUUCUCGGAAAGUGCCGAGAUACGGUGCGUUCGGAUUAAUUCUACCAAGGCUCACCACCAACCAAUAACUGUAAUGCAGAGUGAAGGUGGGAGAGUGGUCACGGGGAGUCAAGACCAUGCCCUCAAAGUCUUUCGGUUAGAGGACCAAAUAACAUUGUAUACGUUGCACGGUCAUUGUGGGCCAAUUACGUGCCUAUUCAUUGAUCACAUCACACCAUUGAUGGCAGGUUCGGGGAGUCAGGAUGGUUUACUCUGCGUCUGGGACUUAUUAACAGGUGCAUGCAUGUACAGUCUUCAAGCCCACGAUGGAGCUGUUGUCGCAUUGACAUACUCUGCAAGCUAUGUUAUCAGCUUCGGUCAAGAUGAAAGACUCUGUGUCUGGGAACGGUUUCAAGGCCACUUGUUGAAUACAAUUCAACUAACGCAAUCAUUCACCAGCUCAAUCGUAAUGUUAACUCAUAAUUUGCUGAUAGCAUCAAAAUUAGGUUCUUUAAUUGUUUUAGAUGUUCGAACUGGGGAAACGAUGCAUGCAGUAAAACUUGGUCACUCUGACUCAUCAGUUUUUAUCAGUCAAAUUCUACCUCUCAUUGAUAGUGUCUUUUGUAAUUACGGUAAUCAAUUAAGGAUAGUAAGUUUUCCAUUAGUGAGGGAUAAGAAUGAUUAAUUUAUUUGUUAUUUUUUUAUUGUGUCAAUUUGUAAUGGAGUCAAGGUAAAGGAGACCAAAGGUUUAAAAAUGAAAAAAAAGACGAGUUGGGCAGUUGAACCUCUGCCGGAGCCUUAAAAACACCAAAGAAAUCCUUGAAGUGACUCUUUGAGACUAUCGAAAGCCAACUUGAAAAAAUACAAUCAAAGUUUUGAGACAAUUUCACUGAAGAGAGCAUGUUUCUGCAUUGACAAAGAGGAAUAUUUGAUCCUCAAAAAUGUGCCAUGAACUCCUAGGCACAUGCAAUGCAUCCUCAAAUCCAGUGCCUACAAAAGGAGAAAAGUUGGGUCAUUUUGUCUGAUUGAAAAAGAGAAUGCAUGAUUUAUAUCGAUAAGUUGGGUCACAGUAUAGCCAGCACUGUCAUCAGUUGUAGACACAGUUCAUUGCAGACAAUCAUUACAUUUUUUAUAAAGGAAAGUGUAAUUUGAGGUUUAGACUCAGCACUCUUGGGAGUCCGGAAUCAUCACUAAAGAAUUACAAAAAAUUAAUGAUUUUUACUCUUGUCUUUUUUUUUCAUUCAAGAAAAAAAUCAAGCUUCUAUCUGUUUUUCCUUCCUUUUCCGUGACUCCAUUAAAUUGUUGUUCUAGUGAAUUUUUUUACACUUCAGUUUGGUUGUGAUCUGAGUGAAAGAAAGAGAAAGGUUCCAAUCCAAAA